GGGCCUGCAUGAAAAGUGACUGUUGAGCUGUCAGUGCAGUAUUUGGUGUGCUGGAAUGAAAUCUAGAAUUGGGCUACUGAGCAGUCGGUUAUAGAAUACUCUCCAUACCAGAUAAACAGACAAAACCGUGAGCGAAUUCGCUAUCAAGUGUUAGAUCUUCUCCAGUUAAGGGCACUCUGUUCACUGACUAAUAUGUGAACAUCUCUCUAAAAGGAGAGACUCAACAAAUGGUUUUCUGACAGGAGUGAUGUAACAGGGUAUUGGGACUUAGGACAGAAGACAACAUUCAGAAGUUGCAGUGAGUUAAAGAGUUGGUACAUAUAGGGUCUUGGCUUGGGACAUGAUGUCAAUGUCAGGGGGAAGUCUGGGAAAAAAAGGAAAAGCUUAGUGAAAGGAGAUUUUGGUUGGGUAGUAGUUGAAAGAACGUUAGCAAAUCCAGUUAUUCAAGUUUUCCAAUUUUCAGGUUUUAUAAUUUACGAUAGAGUUAUAAUUCCUUUAGAAAUGGUGACUUCUUUUUUCUUAUGGAGUACUUGUAGGUUACUGUUAACUCCACAGUGUUUGUACCUACUAUGUGGAAGCAAGGCUCCUUGGAUAUUAAAAGUGAACACGAUGUGGACCUAGCCCUUAAGCUGCUUAUGCUAGAGUAAAACCAAAACCAAACCGGAAGGCAAUAAAUUCCUUAAAUAGUAGUUGGGGAGUUAGAGGAGGGAGAGGUGGCUUCUACAUAGAGUAUGAAAAAUGCCUUCAGAAAGGAGGUGUUUUGAACUUGCUAAAAAUAACAAUAAUAAUUGCAGCUAACAUAUGAGAGCUUAAAGUAUAUGCGCGACACUACUUAAAGUAUUUUAAAAAUUUAGUAUAUGAAUAGGUAAAUUUUAAUAUGUGAAUAGGUAAAAUAUUCAUAUAAUUAAGCAAUAAAUAAAAAGGUACACAGUUUGAAGUCUCCGUUCCAUCAUGUCUCCCAUCUACCUACAAUUAUUUGUUUCUUAGUGCAAAUACAAGCAAGAAUGAAUAUGUAUUCUAACUUUUCAGUAACUUUUUUGUACAAGAGGUAACAUACCACAUGCACUGUUCUGCAUUCACUCAUCAUAGAGGUCUUUCUGUAUCAGUAGAUUCUGUAUCAGUGUAUCAGUGUCAUGCAUAGUAUUCCAUGUCAUGAAUUUGCCACUCUUUAUUUAAUCAUCUCUUUUGAUGGACAUUUGGGUUUCCAUUAUGUAAUUAAAAAAACCUGGCAUACCUGUCUUUUCACACCUCUGCAAGAAUAUCAACGGGAUAAAUUCUCAAUAGUGGUGUUUCCAAAUUGCUCUCUGUAAGGCUUAGCAACGUAUGAAGUUGCCUGUUUUCCAACAGAGUCAUUAAUAGUGUGUUAUUAAAACUUUUGGAUUUGGUAAAAAGUGAUCAGAUUGUCACUGCUUUAGACGAUUUAACACAUUUAAUCUUCAACAACUCAGAUUGUUGUUAUUAUUCUCCCUACUGUACAGAAAAGGAAAAUGGGGCACAGAGUUAGAAAAAACUUGUCCAAGAUUACACAGGAGGUAGCAAGCAAGCUAGGCAUGCUGGCACCAGAGCUGAUGCUCAGCCACUACUCUCUAUGCUUCUAUGAAAUAGCAUUCUUACCGUACUUCCAUUCAGUACUGAGUUUUGUCUUUUUUUUUUUUUUUUUUUUUAAAAUAUGUCAUUCUUGUUUGGGUCUUUGUUUCUUGUUUAAAUCUUUUUUAAACUUGGUGCAAUCCUUAACUGAUACUUAGGUAUUUUUUACUUCUUGGACUGGAUUAACAUUUAGGAGACUCCCAAAGAACAUGAAGGUAGGAAAUAAUAUUGAUUUUGUGUUAGUUCUUCCUUGAAUUUUGGAACACAGUGGUGAUUAUCUGAUUCACCUGGGUGAGGCACAAGUCUGAUCUCUGUGAUGCUUCAGUGCAUGCAUGGAAAUAUGUCAGUGAGUUUCUUAGAAGGUACUUAACACAGGUUUAAGGCAUUGAGUUGUAGAUAGUCCACAUCUUAUUCUUAUAGCAUUUGCCUUUACCUAUAUCUCAUUGAUACUUAUUUUUUCCCCAGUCUGACAACCAUUUAUGAAUAGAUAUGGAAUAUUUAAAGAUUUAUUAUUGUCUCUAUAUCUGAAAUAAAGAACUGUAGCUUGUAUGUGUCAGCAGUUGCCAUGUCCAAUUUCAUAAAGGAAAAGAUUGAACAAUAAACAGUAUUGUGGCCAUCUGAUUAUUCUGAAAUUUUUGCAAUUCUUUCGGUCAGAUAGAAUAAUCUUCUACGCUACACAUCUCAUCUACUACCUAGAGAGACAUAGAUGAUCUUGGUCAGUUGUGCAGGUUAGAAGACUGCCUCUGGAACUUUUCAGAACUGGAAAUCAACAAAUUAUAGCAGUGGUCUUGGUUUUGCAAAAGGCAUCAAAUUAAAUCAAGUUCAAAUAUUCCCUGUGUCCCCAAAGAUUUACUGAUGAUGUCUGAAUUUGUUCUUCCAAGAUUUAUUUUUUGUCUUAUUCAGUACUUAAGAGAAGGCUAUAAUGAACCAGCAGCUGAUGUACCAUCAGAAAAAGACCUUAACAAAGUCCUUCAGCUUUUGGAACCUCAAAUUUCCUUUUUAGAAGACCUAACUAAAAUGGGAGGAGCAAUGAGGUCUGUUCUUACUCAGGUUUUGACAAACCAACAAAACUACAAAGAUCUGACUUCUGGUCUUGGAGAAAAUACUUAUGCAAAGAAAAGUCAUGAAAAGUAUCUUAUAGCUUUGAAGAGCUCUGGACUUACAUAUCCUGAGGAUAAGCUUAUAUAUGGUAUGCAGGAGCCAUCUGCUGGCACUAGCACUCUGGCAGUUCAAGGUUUUGCGGGUGCAACAGGAACCUUGGGCCAAGUAGAUUCUUCAGAUGAGGAGGAUCAGGAUGGGAGUCAAGGUCUGGGCAAGAGAAAGAGGGUAAAACUAAGCAGUGGCACCAAAGAUCAAUCCAUAAUGGAUGUUUUGAAACAUAAAAGUUUCCUAGAAGAACUGUUGUUUUGGACUAUAAAGUAUGAAUUUCCCCAGAAGAUGGUAACUUUCUUACUCAACAUGCUUCCAGAUCAAGAGUAUAAGGUUGCUUUUACAAAAACUUUUGUGCAGCAUUAUGCUUUCAUUAUGAAAACCCUGAAGAAAAGUCAUGAAUCAGAUACAAUGUCUAACAGAAUUGUGCAUAUUAGCGUUCAGUUAUUCAGCAAUGAGGAGCUAGCCAGACAGGUAACAGAAGAAUGUCAGCUGCUGGAUAUUAUGGUCACUGUAUUAUUAUACAUGAUGGAAAGUUGCCUUAUUAAAAGUGAGCUACAAGAUGAAGAAAAUAGUUUACAUGUGGUAGUGAACUGUGGAGAAGCAUUACUGAAGAAUAACACUUACUGGCCUCUUGUUAGUGAUUUUAUUAAUAUUCUUUCUCAUCAAAGUGUGGCUAAGAGAUUUCUGGAGGACCAUGGUUUGUUAGUUACAUGGAUGAACUUUGUGUCUUUCUUUCAAGGUAUGAACUUAAACAAGCGAGAGCUAAAUGAGCAUGUGGAAUUUGAGUCUCAGACCUACUAUGCUGCCUUCGCUGCUGAACUUGAGGCCUGUGCACAGCCAAUGUGGGGGCUUUUAUCACAUUGUAAAGUUAGGGAAACUCAAGAAUAUACCCGAAAUGUUGUUAGAUACUGCCUUGAAGCUCUUCAAGACUGGUUUGAUGCUAUUAACUUCGUAGAUGAGCCAGCCCCUAACCAGGUCAGUUUUCAUCUACCACUGCAUCGUUACUAUGCCAUGUUUUUGAGUAAGGCUGUGAAGUGUCAAGAACUAGAUUUGGAUUCUGUUUUACCAGAUCAGGAAAUGUUAAUGAAACUAAUGAUUCACCCGCUCCAAAUUCAAGCAAGUCUUGCUGAAAUCCAUAGCAAUAUGUGGGUAAGAAAUGGUCUGCAAAUCAAAGGGCAAGCCAUGACCUACGUACAGUCUCAUUUUUGUAAUUCCAUGAUUGAUCCUGACAUUUACCUGUUACAGGUCUGUGCUUCUAGACUUGACCCAGAUUAUGUUAUUUCGUCUGUCUUUGAAAGAUUUAAAGUAGUGGAUUUGUUGACAAUGGCAUCGCAACACCAAAAUAUAGUACUUGACGCAGAGCAUGAGAGAUCGAUGUUAGAAGGCGCUCUUACAUUUCUUGUGAUUCUCUUGAGUCUUCGUUUGCAUUUAGGAAUGUCUGAUGAUGAGAUUCUUAGGGCAGAGAUGGUAGCCCAGCUGUGUAUGAAUGACAGGACACACAGUUCGUUGUUGGACCUCAUUCCAGAAAAUCCAAAUCCCAAAAGUGGCAUUAUUCCAGGCAGUUAUAGCUUUGAAUCAGUUUUAUCAACUGUAGCUGAUUUUAAGGCUCCUGUUUUCGAACCUGGAGGUUCUAUGCAACAAGGCAUGUAUACUCCCAAAGGUGAAGUCUGGGAUCAGGAGUUUGACCCCGUCAUGGUCAUUCUUCGAACGGUUUACCGUAGAGAUGUGCAGUCUGCAAUGGACAGAUACACAGCAUUCUUAAAACAGAGUGGAAAAUUCUCUGGAAAUCCCUGGCCCCCCUAUAAGAAAAGGACACCACUCCAUCCCAGCUAUAAAGGUCUCAUGAGACUUUUGCACUGUAAAACUUUACACAUUGUGCUAUUCACUCUGCUUUACAAGAUUUUGAUGGAUCAUCAAAAUCUGUCAGAACAUGUUCUCUGCAUGGUUUUAUACCUGAUUGAAUUAGGACUCGAAAAUUCUCCUGAAGAGGAGUCAGAUGAAGAAGCACCAGUGGGUGGACCAGAACGUUGCCAUGACAGUUGGUUUCCUGGAAGUAACUUGGUAUCGAACAUGCGACACUUUAUAAACUAUGUUAGAGUCAGAGUUCCAGAGACGGCUCCUGAAGUGAAGAGAGACUCACCUGCAAGUACUAGUUCUGAUAGCUUGGGUUCUUUACAAAAUUCUGGUACAGCUCAAGUUUUCAGCUUAGUAGCAGAGCGUAGAAGGAAAUUUCAGGAGAUCAUCAAUCGCAGUAGCAGUGAAGCAAAUCAGGUGGUUCGUCCCAAAACUUCAAGUAAAUGGUGUGCUCCUGGUUCAGCUCCACAGCUAACUACAGCCAUUUUGGAAAUAAAAGAAAGCAUAUUGUCUUUGCUAAUUAAACUUCACCACAAACUCUCAGGAAAACAAAACUCCUACUAUCCUCCUUGGCUAGAUGACAUAGAAAUUUUAAUCCAACCAGAAAUACCUAAAUAUAGUCAUGGAGAUGGUAUAACUGCAGUAGAAAGAAUUUUACUAAAAGCUGCAUUGCAAAGCAGAAUGAACAAACGCCUCAUUGAAGAGAUAUGUAGAAAAGUGACCCCUCCUGUGCCACCCAAAAAAAUCACUGCAGCAGAGAAGAAAACACUGGACAAAGAAGAAAGGCGACAAAAGGCUAGAGAGAGGCAGCAGAAAUUGCUUGCAGAGUUUGCUUCACGACAGAAAAGCUUCAUGGAAACUGCCAUGGAUGUUGACUCUCCUGAAACGGAUAUUCCUAUGGAGAUAACCACAGCAGAACCACAAGUUUCUGAGGCAGUAUAUGACUGUGUUAUUUGUGGACAGAGUGGCCCCUCCUCUGAAGACCGACCUACGGGAUUGGUUGUACUAUUACAAGCAUCUUCAGUUUUAGGGCAGUGUCGUGACAGCAUUGAGCCAAAAAAGCUGCCAGUCACUGAAGAGGAACAGAUUUACCCUUGGGAUACAUGUGCAGCAGUUCAUGAUGUGAGGCUUUCAUUAUUACAGCGGUAUUUUAAAGAUAGUUCCUGUCUCUUGGCAGUAUCAGUUGGUUGGGAAGGAGGUGUUUAUGUACAAACCUGUGGCCACACUUUACAUAUAGAUUGUCAUAAAUCUUACAUGGAAUCAUUACGGAAUGACCAGGUUCUUCAGGGCUUCUCAGUGGACAAAGGAGAAUUCACGUGUCCUCUCUGUAGGCAGUUUGCUAACAGUGUUCUUCCCUGUUAUCCUGGAAGCAGUGUGGAAAAUAACCUUUGGCAACGUCCUAGUAACAGAAGCAUGCAAGAUCUCAUAAAGGAAGUGGAGGAGCUGCAGGGACGGCCGGGAGUUUUCACAUCAGAAACCAACUUAAGUAAAGAAAUGGAAUCUGUAAUGAAAGAUAUCAAAAAUACCACUCAGAAGAAAUAUAGAGACUAUAGCAAGACCCCAAGCUCACCAGAUAAUGAUUUUCUCUUUAUGUACUCUGUUGCUAGAACCAAUUUGGAACUUGAAUUAAUUCAUCGAGGAGGCAAUUUAUGUUCAGGUGGUGCAAGCACAGCUGGCAAAAGGUCUUGUUUAAAUCAGUUGUUCCAUGUAUUAGCCUUGCACAUGCGGCUGUAUAGCAUUGAUUCUGAGUAUAAUCCCUGGAGAAAACUCACUCAAUUAAUAGAGGACAUGAAUUCACAGCUGAGGAAUGAAGAACAGCUUGAGGUUCCAAUUCUUUAUCAUGAUGUUACAUCCCUUUUGCUCAUCCAGAUCUUAACGAUGCCACACCCCUUACACAAAGAUCACUUUACCUGCAUUGUGAAGGUGCUUUUUACACUACUCUAUACACAGGCACUCGCGGCACUUUCAGUUAAAUGUAGUGAGGAAGACAGGUCAGCCUGGAAACAUGUGGGAGCUCUCAAAAAGAAUCCAUGUGAUGCCGAAAAGUCUUAUGAAGUGUUGUUGAGCUUCGUAAUAAGUGAACUAUCUAAAGGAAAGUUAUACCAUGAAGAAGGAUCUCAGGAGUGUGCAAUGGUUAGCCCUAUUGCUUGGUCUCCUGAAUCCAUGGAGCGAUACUUACAGGACUUCUGCUUACCUUUUCUCAGAAUCACCAGUCUUCUUCAGCACCACCUUUUUGGAGAAGAUUUACCUAGCUGCCAGGAAGAAGAAGAAUUUUCAGUUCUUGCCAGCUGCCUGGGACUUCUGCCAGCAUUUUACCAAACAGCACAUCCAUUCAUCAGUGCCUCCUGUCUGAAUUGGCCAGUUCCAGCAUUUGAUAUUAUAUCUCAGUGGUGUUUUGAGAUAAAUUCAUUUACUGAAAGACAUGCAGAACAAGGAAAGGCCCUGCUUAUCCAAGAGUCAAGAUGGAAAUUACCACAUCUUCUACAGUUGCCUGAGAAUUAUAACACCAUUUUUCAGUACUACCACAGAAAAACCUGCAGUGUUUGUACCAAGGUUCCCAAAGAUCCUGCCGUUUGCCUUGUUUGUGGUACUUUUGUAUGCCUAAAAGGACUUUGCUGCAAGCAACAAAGUUACUGUGAAUGUGUAUUGCAUUCUCAGAACUGUGGUGCUGGAACAGGGAUUUUCCUUUUGAUCAAUGCAUCAGUGAUUAUAAUCAUUCGAGGCCACCGCUUCUGCCUGUGGGGUUCCGUGUAUUUGGAUGCUCAUGGAGAGGAAGACCGUGAUCUUAGGCGAGGCAAGCCUCUCUAUAUUUGUAAGGAAAGAUACAAAGUUCUUGAACAACAGUGGAUUUCUCAUACCUUUGAUCACAUCAAUAAAAGAUGGGGUCCACAUUAUAAUGGGCUGUGACUUACCACCUCAACAUCACAUCAUAUCAUCGUUUUCAUUAAGAAUUUACUUUUAUCAGCAAUAAGCUUUAACUUAAUUUGGGAGAUUAAUGCUCUUGCUGGAGGAAAAAAAGUAUACAUUCUGAAGCUUUUCCAAAAUUAGGUGCUUGGUAACCACAUUAAUGGUAUAAUAAUUAAAAUUAAAAAAAAUGUAUCUGGAAAACAUAACAAGUAACAAGUUAAGUCGUUCUUUAGUGGUCCUUUUUUUUAGUCCACAGUUAAUAAGAAGCACAAUUCGUUCACAAAAUCAUUUAGAAAUGAUUCUCCCAACAAUGCCUCUCAGUUAUUCAUACUUUGAGUGUGAUUUAUUUGACCUUUUACUGCUUCUUUAUAUCUGUGUGUUUAAUUUGCAACUGCUAAACAUAUUGCAUCUUUUUCCUCUGUCAUUCUUGUGUGGAUUUGAGAUUUUUGCUGUAUGUAAUUAGACAAAAUGUAAAACACGAUUUAUGUGAAAUAUUGUAUAGUAAAAGUUGGUCUAAUAGUAGAACUUUGAAAUUUUUUCUUAUUGUGAGAAAUCUGUUAAAAGUUUAAGGCUUUGCUGAAAACUGAAUUCAUUCUCAGGAAUUUCAUAAAUAUUCUCCCCAGGUAAAUAAUUGAAAUAGCUGUAAAAUAGUAGAUAGCUGCUGUUAAUAUAAUACAGUAUGUUUUGGGGGAUAUAUAUGUGUUUGGAGGGGUCCUUAAAAAUCAAAAUUUGCCAUUUCAGUUGGAAGAAUUACUAGCAGUAGUAACAAGUAAGAUUUUAUCAUAAAAUCAAAUGUUUUAAGAGCAUACACAUGGCAGGUUUUGAUUCUGUGCGUGACCAUCUUUUAUAUUACCAACCAGAUUUUUGUUUAAAUGAUUGGAUUGGAAAUGUGCAGACUUCCCCAUAAAGGAAACAUAAUUUUGGAGCUUUUCUGUCAGCUCAAGAGGUUCAACUAUAUUGUAUUUGUGCAGUGUAAUCACUGUUAUUUCUGCUUGAUUUCCUUAAAGAGAAAAAAGGCUCAGUGGCAAUGACCCUUAUGAAUGAGCUGUGCAUCUGCAUUCUCCUUAGAAACUGCUGUGAAAAGGAAUUUAUAUUUGUAGGGUGUUUAAAUCAGUACGAAUGGGAAUGAUUGAGCUAAAACUCACUCUAUAAGUAGUGAAAGAAGAUUACAGAUAAGCAUGUUAUAUAUUGCUACCAAGAUUUUUUUUCCAAAUGAUUCAAAUGAUUUGAUGAUUAUUUCAUAUAUAGUGCUAUUAACCAAUUCCUGGAACUUUGGACUUCCAUGGCUUAUUAUAUAAAAUUACAUUUUUGUGUGUAAAAAUAAAGUAAAAGACAUCUAAUGAUAAAAUAUAAAAAUAAAGUUAGAUCCAUGUUCUAAAAAAUUAUUGAACGACAUGACAUUACCAAAUAUGCAAAUUGACAUUAAAUGAUGGCCUAGCAUUAAAAUAGGGAAAGCAGAGCCGUACAUUUUCAAACAUGUCCAAAAGGCAAAACUUCACCUAUAGCUCUACAAUAAAAUACAUGGAAAUAGCUUGCUAUUUUUAUAUGCAUUUCCAAAAUACUAAGAUAACUUUCUGUAAGACUAGAAUAAUUGUUUGACUAAAUAGCUGUCCUUUUCAACACAUUGCUACUUUUUUAAAUACUGUAUCAUAAGUUCAGCCUGUCAUAUUUUUUGCAUUGGUCAUUAUGAAUACCAGACCAUUUUGUAAGUGUGGUUGAAGAGCAAAAUGCUAAUUUACAUCUCUAGUAAAUUUCUGUUACAGGAUUCAUGAACUUGAUUAAUUCUGCAGUUUGAAACUGAUGCUAUAUAUACAUGGUAUAAUAUAUUCAGACUUUGAUUACUACGUAUUUAAAAUGGAAUGUUUUAUGGUUGUGCAUAUGGAUGUGAAGUGAAAAUAUUAGCCUUAACUUUAAAAUUUGGGUAUUUGAUAGUGUUUAUUUUGAUAUUGGUGAAUUAGUCACCAGUAAAUUUUAAAAAAAGCACUUGGUUGGAAAUUGUACUUGAAUACAUACAUGCAUGCUGCUAAACUAGAACUUUAAUUUUUUUCCCCAUAACUUUUAUAAGUCCCAUUUAUAAGCCCGCUUUUAAAAAUAACAGGUCCAAAUUAGAGUGACGUGUGUAUAUUAUUGAAAAAAUGUACUGGUGUGAUAUCUUGUAUGAAUGAUCAUUUAAAUACAGUACAUUACUGUAGAAGCUAAAUCAAUCUUUAUAAUUAAGCAGAAAUUACAAAACUAGGAAUAAUGAACAUUGUAAGAUAUGUUAAUAAAAACCUACUGUCAUUUGGUUUGUGAAAGG